AUGAGGAUUAACCAGUGCUACAUAACAAUGGAACCAUGAAGAUUGCCUCCUUCAACAUUCAGAAAUUUGGAAAGAAAAAAUUAUCAGAUCCUGUUGUCUUGAAAACACUUACUAAGAUAGUGUCACGCUAUGACAUAGUUGUGAUCCUCGAGGUGGUGGAUGCCAGAAAAGCAGUUGACAGCUUCCUGAAAGAACUGAAUAAGGAAAACCCACAGCACCAUUACAGCAUUAAGCUCAGUGUACGUUUGGGGAGGACCUCAUACAAAGAGCAGUUUCUGUUUGUUUACAGAGAUGCUGUGGUGAAGGUGAUUGACACGUAUCAGUAUGAGGAUAAUCAACUUGGAGAUGUGGACGCCUUCGACCGAGAACCUUACAUCCUGCGUUUCUCUUCUCCUAAAACAGUGGUGAAGGACCUGGUCAUGGUACCUGUCCAUACAAAGCCUGAAGAUUCUGAGAAAGAGGUGGAUGAACUUUAUGAUGUAGUCAUGGUUGUGAAAGACAAAUGGAAAACUAAUAAUAUCAUGAUUUUGGGUGACUUCAAUGCGGAUGGCAGUUACGUGUCUAAAAAAGAGAUGAAGGCAAUCCGUAUCUUCACAGAUAAAAACUUCCACUGGCUGAUUACAGAAAAUGUGGACACCACCACAAGCACAAAGAAUGACCACACAUAUGACAGGAUAGUGCUGUAUGGAAAGGAAAUGCUUGAUGCCGUGGUGCCAAACUCUGCCAAACCAUUUAACUUCCAGCUGGAAUAUGGACUGAGUGAAGCUGAUGCACUUAAAAUAAGUGAUCACUAUCCAGUGGAGGUGGAACUGAAAGAAAACAAGGCCAGCGGUCAAAAAUCUGCCACAUGCAAGAAAAAGAUGACAGCAGGAUAAAGAAAACACGGACAGAAGACUUGGAGAAAGGAACCAGUUUUUGGAAAAUAGGUUGAAAUGCCUGAAAUGAAGAUGUACAUAUUAAAAUCUGAGCUCUAA